CGGGCGGGGCGGAACAGCCGCCGUAAAGCUGCGAUUCGACUGUCGUAAAAAGAGAAAAAAAAACAAAACGAAACCCCGUGGUGUUGUAAAAUGCCGUGAGGCGCGGCCGGCGGGGCCUGAGGGACAGAGCCUGGGCCCGGUCCCGCUCCAUAUGCCCCGAACCGCCCCGUCCCGCUCCAUGUGGGGCUGCUCCUCGUCCACAUCCUCCUCAUCCUUCUACUAUGGCCCGGAAAACAGUUAGCAGGAAGCGGAAAGCGGCGGCGGCUGCCGCCGCGGGGACCGGGGGACUCCAGGGGGAGCAGUACGGGUGGGAUCACUCUGUUCACAAAAGGAAAAGGCUCCCGCCGGUGAAAAGGUCUCUAGUAUACUACGUGAAAGGGAGAGAGGUCCGGAUGCAGAAUGAGUCCAGCUACCACCGCUUGUUGCAUGGAUACGCAGCCCAGCAGCUCCCCAGCCUCCUGAAAGAGAGGGAAUUUCACCUCGGAACACUCAAUAAAGUGUUUGCCUCCCAGUGGCUAAAUCACCGACAAGUGGUGUGCGGGACAAAAUGCAAUACGUUAUUUGUAGUAGAUGUCCAGACUGGUCAAAUUACCAAGAUUCCUAUCCUGAAGGAUCGUGAACCUGGCAUGGUGAACCAGCAGGGAUGUGGCAUUCAUGCCAUUGAGAUCAACCCCUCAAGGACCCUCCUGGCCACAGGUGGAGACAACCCCAACAGUCUUGCAAUUUAUCGUCUGCCUACACUUGAUCCUGUCUGUGUGGGAGAUGAUGGACACAAGGACUGGAUAUUUUCAAUUGCGUGGAUCAGUGAUACUAUGGCUGUUUCUGGUUCCCGGGAUGGUUCGAUGGGUCUCUGGGAAGUCACAGAGGAUGUGUUAUCCAAAAGUGAUGCCAGGCAUAAUCUCUCUCAAGUUCCUGUCUAUGCCCACAUAACACACAGUGCUCUGAAGGAUAUUCCUAAGGAGAACACCAAUCCUGACAAUUGCAAAGUCCGAGCAUUGGCUUUCAACAAUAAGAACAAGGAGUUGGGAGCUGUGUCCCUGGAUGGGUAUUUUCAUCUUUGGAAAGCAGAGCACACGCUAUCAAAGUUACUUUCCACAAAGUUGCCAUACUGCAGGGAGAACGUGUGUUUGGCAUAUGGUCAGGAGUGGUCAGUGUAUGCAGUAGGAUCACAGGCACAUGUCUCUUUUCUGGAUCCAAGGCAGCCCUCUCACAAUGUUAAAUCCGUCUGUUCCAAAGAACGAGGCAGUGGUAUCCGCUCGGUGAGCUUCUACGAGCACAUCAUCACUGUGGGGACAGGGCAAGGCUCCUUGUUAUUUUAUGAUAUCAGAGCCCAAAGGUUCCUGGAAGAAAAGCCCCCCCGUGCCUGCUAUGGACAGAAGCAGAAAUUAGGAGGAAGUGAAAUUUUGAAGUUGACAACCGGGAAAGGCUGGCUGAACCAUGAUGAAACUUGGAGGAAUUAUUUUUCUGACAUAAAUUACUUCCCAAAUGCUGUUUACACCCACUGCUACGACUCGUCUGGAACGAAACUGUUUGUGGCAGGAGGCCCUCUUCCAUCAGGACUUCAUGGGAAUUAUGCUGGUCUCUGGAGCUAAUGAUAACUCUUCGUUCUGAUGCUGAUCUUUACACAGAUUUCCACUUUUUCUUUUUUUAACAACAAAAUUGUGUGAUGUCAUUGAUUCCUGAUUUAAACACAAGUUAUUUUUUGGCAGAAUUUUCUGUUGGUCUCCAACAGUUUUGUACAUCUUUUUGAACUAGUUUUUUGCUUUAACCUCCUUGAUCCUUUAUAUGGAGGGGUUUUGAAGUCCUUUUUUAUUGUAUUUACUCCAAAUGACUCUUCCCCCUAUUUAGGCUGGCUUGGCCAUGUGUCCCCUCCUCUACUUUGCUGUGAGGUAGGAUUUCUUUCUUACAGAGUGGUUGCUCCUGAGCUUUCUGUGAAAGUCUUGGGGCUGCAUGUGUGCAGGUACUUUGUUGUCAGUUACAUUACCUGGAGUGAGGACUACUUGUAAUUAAAAACUAUUAAAAAUAUUUAUAAGAGAUAAGCUACUAGUUUAUCUGCAAAGCCUGGCCCUGGCCUGGGUUGAUCAUAUUUUUUAAAAGUACAAAUCUAAUGACACUGUUUUUACAUAGAGGGAUAUGGUAAUUUUAAGCUGUACUCACUGGAGCCCGGGAUGGAUGGAUUCCUUGGGGGGUAUUGCCCAUCAAAUCCAAAGUGCAGGAGUUUCUAAAAGUGCAUUUGUGUUCGAAUGGUAGUUUUCAGCAGUGCUAAGAGCAAAAAUUGGUCUGUUUCUUCACUGUCCGUCCCAGGUAUCAUCUUGCACAACUGGAGUUUGUAUAGACUGUUCUGCAGCAUGGCUGUUGCAGGGUGACAUUACAUUGAGGGCUGCAGAGAUGCUGAGAGGAAAUGGGGGCUAGUUAUUCAAAAUGAACUAAAUCUAUCUCUUCUCCAGAUGGUUUCUGAGUAUGCUGUUAGGGUAGCUUAUAAGCUCUUUAUAAACUGCCUAAAACCUUGGACUUUUUUUAUCCCAGGUUGUGGAAAUUUUUCCCCUUUUUGCUGUUCUGGUUGGCCAUCUGCUCAAAGAAGCCAAUGGAAUAAAUAAACUAUUUUUUUCCACCAA